UUCAAAACCAAUUUCCCCCUCCUUAUUACUCACACCACUUUUCUCUUUUCUCUCAUCUCUACUCACCUUCACUAAUGGAACCACCAUGGCUAGACGAUCUAGCCGACGACCUCCAAAGCAUCAGCUUCAACUCAACCACCACCAACACCACCACAACCACCGACAUCAACCGCAGCACAAGCUCUGAAUCCGAAGCCACUUGGACCACCUCCACCUCCACCACCACAACCAAACCCCACACUCCUUCCAACAACCCUUGCUGGACCGCCAUCCGAGCCAUCAACACCCCCCUUAGCCUAACCGACAUCCACUUCAUCCACCGGCUCGGCUCCGGAGACAUCGGCUCCGUAUACUUAGCCAAACUCAAACACUCUUCAGCUUCAGGUUCAGCCGCCGUGUUCGCGGCUAAAGUCAUGAACAAGAAAGAAAUUGCAAGCCGAAAUAAGGAAGCGCGAGCCAACACAGAAAAAGAGAUUUUACAAGUUUUGAAUCAUCCUUUCUGUCCAACGUUGUAUGCGUCGUUAGAUUCUCCGAAAUGGUCGUGUAUGCUAACGGAAUUUUGUCCUGGUGGGGACCUUCAUGUUCUCCGGCAACGACAGCCAUGCAAACGGUUUCCGGAAUCUGCCGUAAGGUUUUAUGCAUCCGAGGUCGUUGUAGCAUUGGAAUAUCUUCAUAUGUUGGGUAUUGUUUACCGUGAUCUCAAACCCGAAAAUGUUUUGGUUCGAUCAGAUGGUCACAUCAUGUUAACUGAUUUCGACCUCUCUUUGAAAUGUGACCUCUCAACGUCAACUCCGGCCCAAGUCUUCACCAAUUACAACCACCAAAACCCAACACCACCAACCAAUCACCGCCCCUUGGAUCCACUCAAAUUCACCUCGUCGUCAUGUAUUCUUCCCAAUUGCAUUGUCCCCUCGGUCACAUGCUUCCACACUAUGCGUAAACACAAGAAGAAGCCCGCCAACCACAGCGGGCCAGAGUUCGUGGCAGAGCCACUAGACGUUCGAUCAAUGUCGUUUGUUGGAACCCACGAGUAUCUGGCACCAGAAAUUAUAUCUGGUGAGGGCCAUGGUAGCGCUGUUGAUUGGUGGACUCUUGGAAUAUUUAUAUUUGAAUUGUUUUAUGGCGUUACGCCUUUUAAGGGAAUGUACAACGAGCUAACCCUAGCCAACAUUGUAGCUCGGGCACUAGAGUUCCCAAAAGAGCCGAUGAUCCCGGCUAUGGCUAAGGACCUAAUAUCUCAAUUGUUGGUUAAGGACCCAGACCGGCGAAUGGGGUCCACAAUGGGUGCAUCCGCGAUCAAACGCCAUCCGUUUUUUCAUAGGGUCAAUUGGGCACUCUUGAGAUGCACACCACCACCGUUUGUCCCGCCACCGUUUAGCCACGAAGACGUUGUGGCGGAUCAUGGUUGUCCUGGUACUCCUGUGGAAUACUAUUAGGAUUUUUUAUAUUAUUUGGCACUGUGUCUUAUUGUGACCAGAUUUUGAAUUGGGUUAGAAACCAUGAUAAUUGUCUAAUUGAUCAAAGUCUGUACUUUGGGACAGGUUGCUUAUUGCAUGAUGUACAUAAGUUGAACCUUAUUUGUUGGAAGGCGAGGUGACUCAAGAAAAAAUAU